AGCCUAUCAGCAUUUCACAGGUUAUGAGCAAAAAUUAAUUUUUUUAACUUCAGUACAAGCAACUGAAAUGAAUCAACUCACCUCAACAGGUACGGGUAUGCACUCGUACCGACUAUCAAUACCUUCUACUACUAUCAGGUACCAGUAAUCAAACAGCAGCAGUCAAGAAAAGAAGUAAGAAUAGUCCGAGCAGCUCUAGAGAUGAGUGAAACAGUACUCUUUCAAGAAUAGCGAUGUAAGGCAAGGGUGCAUGGAUGACAAGACCCAUUUAUUUCCAAGAAGUUCUACUUUUUCUUACUGUGCCGGAAGAUCUAGGAACACACCGAUUUGGUUUGGUUUGGUUGCUUUUGCCGGCGCGCCGCGGGUUCCAGCCCGCAAUCGCCCUUCCCCUCCCGGGCUUACCAAUCGACCCGCUUCCGGUUCUGCUUGGUUUCGCUCCGCCUCUUUUUGAACUCCUUGUUGCGGGCCUUGGCGGCCUUGGAGAUCCCGGUGCGCUGCUUCCGAACCUUUGGCCUCGGCCAGGCCUGCAGGACCAGGGCCCGGAGCUUGUUCAGUACCUCGGUCUUGUUCCGUCCCUGGGUCCGGUGCUCCUGGCUGGUUAGCGUGAGGAUCCCCUCCCGGGAGAUCCGGUUGGACUGCUGGUCUUUCAGGCGGGUCUGGACCUCGGCGGGCAUCCAGGCGUGCCGCUCCCGAACGAGGUCGAUGCGGAGCUCGGCCUUGGUGCUCAGCUUGUUGACGUUCUGCCCGCCGGAACCCGAGGACCGCACGAAGGAGAACUCGAUCCUGGCGUCGUCGGGAAUCCGAACGUGCUUCGGAACCGUCCAUGGUUUCUGGUUUCUCCCGGUGGCGUUCUUGCUCCUGGUGUUCGCGCCCUUGCUCUUGAUUUUAUUGUUCUUGCUUGGAUCGUACGGGACGUAUUCCCACGUCGGCACGAUCUCAUCGCCGGAAUCGUUCGCAGAAGCAAGCAGCGGGGUGAUGCAGCUGGACCAGAAGGGCCCGUUCCCCAGUGUUCUUUGCUGCCGGCGGUCACUAUGGUGUAGAUUCCACGGGAGUGCCCUCGCCCGUCCGGAAUGCCGCUGGGGGUGGUGUGUGUUGGCAAAAAAAGCGGCCGGCAAGGCGGAGGACACCGAUCGGGUCGCAAGGGAGUCCAGCCGAACCACCGACGACCGAGCUCCCCGGCCCGUUGCUACCGGUAGCAUUGCGGCCACGGGCCUGCCCCCGAAGAGCAGCAGCGAGGACCCGGCAAGCAGGAAGGGGCGGAGCUUCGUGCGGCUUCCGCUGCUUCCCAUUAUGUGUGUAUGCGCGAGGGUGGUCGAUUCGAUUGCUGCUGUUUGGUUGUUCGAAUCGAUGCUGCUGGUAUGGUUGUUCGGUUCGAUGGAACGUAGGUGCACGCCCCCAACAAAGGCCACUGCCGGAUCGAUAGCGUUUCGUCGCGUUGCUGCCUAAAGUAACACCAGCAGCCCGUGCCUACGGUUCCACGGAAGAAAACAAUGGAACAAGC